GAAUGAAGCUGGAGAACCCUGCCGACCCACAACUGAUGAUCAAUCCGUUCCAGCUGGACCCGGCGACAGCGGCUGCUUUGGCACCAGGACUUGUAAAUAAUGAGCUGCCGCCUGAAAUCCGGCUUGCCAGUGGUCAGCUAAUGGGUGAUGACCUGUCCCUCCUUACUGCAGGAGAGCUGUCACCUUAUAUCAGUGACCCAGCGCUGAAGCUAUUCCAGUGUGCUGUUUGCAACAAAUUCACCUCUGACAGCCUGGAGGCCCUAAGUGUGCAUGUGAGCAGUGAGCGCUCCCUCCCUGAAGAGGAAUGGAGGGCUGUAAUUGGAGAUAUCUACCAGUGCAAGCUCUGUAACUACAACACUCAGCUCAAAGCCAACUUCCAGCUCCACUGCAAGACUGAUAAACAUAUGCAGAAAUAUCAACUGGUGGCUCACAUUAAAGAAGGGGGCAAAAGCAAUGAGUGGAGGCUGAAGUGCAUUGCCAUUGGCAACCCAGUUCACCUGAAAUGUAAUGCCUGUGACUACUACACCAACAGUGUGGAUAAAUUACGCUUGCAUACCACCAAUCACAGGCAUGAGGCGGCCCUGAAGCUCUACAAGCACUUGCAGAAGCAAGAGGGUGCAGUGAAUGCUGAAUCCUGCUAUUACUACUGUGCCGUGUGCGAUUACUCCACCAAGGUCAAGUUGAACCUAGUACAACAUGUCCGUUCGGUGAAGCACCAGCAGACCGAGGGCCUACGUAAGCUCCAGCUCCACCAGCAAGGCCUGGCGCCGGAGGACGACAACCUCAGUGAGAUCUUUUUUGUUAAAGACUGCCCACCAAAUGAGCUUGAAACUGCCUCUUUGGGAGCCAGGACCUGUGAGGAGGAUCUUACGGAGCAGCAGUUGAGAGGAACCUCAGAAGAACAAAGUGAGGAGGCAGAAGGAGCUGCUAAGCCAGCAGCAGUGGCUGAGGAGGAGGAGAAAGACACAAGUGAGAGAGACAAUAGUGAAGGCAAAAACUCUAAUAAAGAUUCUGGAAUAAUCACACCAGAAAAGGAGCUAAAAGUCAGUGUGGGAGGGGGGCCCCAGCCACUCCUGCUGGCGAAAGAAGAGGAUGUUGCAACCAAAAGAUCAAAACCUACAGAGGACAAUAAAUUCUGUCACGAGCAGUUCUUUCAGUGUCCUUAUUGUAACUACAAUAGUAGGGACCAAAGUCGUAUCCAGAUGCAUGUCCUGUCACAGCACUCGGUGCAGCCCGUCAUCUGCUGUCCCCUCUGCCAGGACGUCCUCAGCAACAAAAUGCACCUCCAGCUGCAUCUGACGCAUUUGCACAGCGUGUCUCCGGAUUGUGUGGAGAAGCUGCUUAUGACAGUGCCUGUGCCUGAUGUGAUGAUGCCCAACAGUUUGCUACUCCCAACAGCUGCCUCGGAGAAAUCGGAGCGGGACACACCUGCAGCCAUCACAGCUGAGGGAUCUGGGAAAUAUUCAGGCGAAAGUCCAGCGGAUGACAAAAGUAUGGCAGGUCUUGAGGAUUCAAAGGCUAACGUGGAAAUAAAGAGUGAGGAGCAGAAACCAACAAAAGAACCCAUGGAAGUGUCAGAAUGGAAUAAAAAUAGCAGUAAGGAUGUGAAACUCCCUGACACUCUACAGGAUCAGUUAAGCGAGCAGCAAAAAAGGCAACCCCUCUCUGUGUCGGACCGCCAUGUUUAUAAGUAUCGCUGUAACCACUGCAGCUUGGCUUUUAAGACGAUGCAGAAGCUUCAGAUACAUUCCCAGUAUCAUGCAAUUCGGGCCGCGACGAUGUGUAAUCUCUGCCAGCGUAGUUUCCGUACAUUCCAGGCUUUAAAAAAACACUUGGAAGCAGGCCACCCCGAACUGAGUGAAGCCGAACUUCAACAGCUGUAUGCCUCCUUGCCCGUGAAUGGCGAACUUUGGGCAGAGAGUGAAACUCUGGCGCAGGACGACCAUGCCCUAGAGCAGGAAAUGGAGAGAGAGUAUGAGGUGGACCACGAAGGGAAGGCAAGUCCUGCGGGAAGCGAUAGUAGCUCUAUUCCAGAUGACAUGGGCUCUGAACCAAAGCGGACCUUACCUUUCAGAAAAGGGCCAAAUUUUACGAUGGAAAAAUUCCUUGACCCAUCACGCCCAUAUAAGUGUACAGUGUGUAAAGAGUCGUUCACCCAAAAGAACAUUCUCUUGGUCCAUUAUAAUUCAGUUUCUCAUCUGCAUAAGUUGAAAAAGGUUUUGCAGGAAGCCUCCAGCCCUGUUCCCCAAGAAACCAACAGCAGCACAGACAACAAACCCUUCAAGUGCAGCAUCUGCAAUGUUGCAUACAGCCAAAGCUCAACAUUGGAAAUCCACAUGAGGUCUGUGCUCCACCAGACCAAGGCACGGGCUGCCAAGCUGGAGCCCAGCGGCCACGUGGCCGGUGGGCACAGCCUGGCAGCCAACAGUAGCCCUGGCCAGGGGAUGUUAGAUUCCAUGAGUUUAGCGACAGUCGGCAGCAAGGAUACCCACUUAGAUGCCAAAGAAUUAAAUAAAAAGCAAAGUCCAGAAUUACUCUCUGCUCAGACUCCUCAUCACCCGCUGCAGUCACCAGCACAAAUCCAGAUGCAACUCCAGCAUGAGUUACAGCAGCAGGCUGCAUUCUUUCAGCCUCAGUUUCUAAACCCAGCCUUUUUGCCUCAUUUCCCUGUGACUCCGGAAGCACUGUUGCAGUUCCAGCAGCCUCAGUUUCUCUUUCCGUUCUACAUCCCCGGGGCGGAGUUCAGCUUGGGGCCAGAUUUGGGCUUACCGGGCUCAGCCACAUUUGGUAUGCCUGGCAUGACAGGAAUGGCUGGAUCCUUGCUUGAAGACCUGAAGCAGCAGAUUCAAACCCAGCAUCACGUUGGCCAGACUCAACUCCAGAUACUACAGCAACAAGCACAACAGUACCAGGCCCCCCAGCCCCCACUGCAGCCCCAGAAGCAGCCCCCACAGCCCCCGCAGCAACAGGCCGCAAGCAAGUUAUUGAAACAAGAGCAGACGAACAUAGCCAGUGCCGACUGCCCCAUCAUGAAGGACGUGCCAUCUUACAAGGAGGCAGAAGAGAUUGCGGAAAAGCAAGAAAAGUCAAAGCAAGAGUGUACAAGCGAAGGUGAAGGACUCAAGGAAGGCAAAGACACGAAGAAGCAGAAAUCCUUGGAACCGUGCAUCCCGCCACCCCGAAUAGCUUCGGGGGCCAGAGGAAAUGCAGCCAAGGCUUUACUGGAAAACUUUGGUUUUGAACUGGUCAUUCAGUAUAACGAAAACAGGCAGAAGGUCCAGAAGAAGGGCAAGAGCGGUGAAGGUGAAAACACCGAUAAACUGGAAUGCGGAACUUGUGGUAAAUUGUUUUCCAAUGUCCUUAUCUUAAAGAGUCACCAAGAACAUGUCCAUGGACAAUUUUUUCCAUAUGGAGCACUAGAAAAAUUUGCUCGGCAAUACAGGGAGGCCUAUGACAAGCUUUAUCCAAUUUCGCCACCUUCACCAGAAACUCCACCUCCACCACCGCCACCUCCCCCUCUGCCUCCGGCUCCUCCACAGCCUUCCUCCUUGGGUCCUGUAAAAAUCCCAAGCACGGUUUCUACUCCUCUGCAAGCACCACCACCCACACCCCCGCCGCCGCCGCCACCACCUCCUCCCCCGCCUCCUCCCCCGCCUCCUCCCCCGUCUGCUCCCCCGCAGGUCCAGCUGCCUGUUUCUCUUGACCUUCCACUCUUUCCUUCCAUUAUGAUGCAGCCCGUGCAGCACCCUGCACUUCCUCCCCAGCUCGCCCUGCAGCUGCCCCAGAUGGACACUCUGUCUGCGGACCUCACUCAGCUCUGCCAGCAACAGCUCGGAUUAGACCCCAACUUCUUAAGGCAUUCUCAGUUCAAACGCCCACGGACAAGAAUCACAGACGACCAACUGAAAAUCCUGAGGGCUUAUUUUGACAUCAAUAACUCUCCGAGCGAAGAACAGAUCCAAGAAAUGGCGGAGAAGUCUGGCCUCUCUCAAAAAGUCAUCAAGCACUGGUUUCGAAAUACGCUUUUUAAGGAACGACAGAGGAAUAAGGAUUCCCCAUACAACUUCAGUAACCCUCCCAUAACUGUUUUGGAAGACAUCAGAAUUGAUCCACAGCCCUCCUCUUUAGAACAUUACAAAUCGGAUGCAUCAUUCAGCAAAAGGUCUUCUAGAACGAGAUUUACUGACUACCAGCUUCGGGUUCUGCAAGACUUUUUUGACACCAACGCUUACCCAAAAGAUGAUGAAAUAGAACAACUUUCCACGGUUCUCAACCUGCCCACCCGGGUUAUUGUUGUGUGGUUCCAGAACGCUCGUCAGAAAGCACGGAAGAGUUACGAGAAUCAAGCAGAAACUAAAGAUAAUGAAAAAAGAGAACUCACUAAUGAGCGGUAUAUUCGAACGAGCAACAUGCAGUACCAGUGUAAAAAGUGCAAUGUGGUUUUCCCCAGGAUCUUUGACUUGAUCACGCAUCAGAAAAAGCAGUGUUACAAGGAUGAAGACGAUGAUGCCCAGGAUGAAAGCCAAACCGAAGACUCCAUGGACGCCACCGACCAAGUCGUGUACAAGCACUGCACCGUGUCUGGCCAGACGGAUGCCGCCAAAAGCACGGCUGCCCCUGCAGCAAGCUGUGGCUCGGGGACUAGUACCCCCCUGAUCCCGUCCCCCAAACCAGAACUCGAGAAGACAUCUCCAAAACCUGAAUAUCCCACAGAAAAGCCAAAGCAGAGUGACCCCACUCCCCCUCCUCAAGGCACCAAACCAGCCCUGCCAUUAGCAUCGACUUCCUCAGACCCACCCCAGGCCUCAGCGGCUCCGCCACAGCCCCAGCCACCAAAACAGCCCCCACUCGUCGGAAGGCCUCCCUCGGCCUCUCAAACCCCGGUCCCUUCCAGCCCGCUGCAGAUUUCCAUGACUUCUCUCCAGAACAGUCUACCUCCACAGUUACUACAAUACCAAUGUGAUCAGUGUACCGUGGCCUUCCCGACUCUGGAACUCUGGCAGGAGCACCAGCACAUGCACUUCCUUGCUGCUCAAAACCAAUUCCUUCACUCUCCAUUCUUGGAAAGGCCCAUGGAUAUGCCCUACAUGAUAUUCGACCCCAACAACCCCCUGAUGACCGGACAGCUGCUGAGCGGGUCUCUCACACAAAUGCCGCCGCAGACCGGUUCCUCCCACACCACGGCUCCCGCGACGGUCGCUGCUUCCCUCAAGCGGAAACUGGACGAUAAAGAAGACAACAUGUGCAGUGAAAAGGAGGGAGGGAACAGUGGUGAGGACCAGCACCGCGAUAAGCGCCUGAGAACCACCAUUACCCCGGAACAACUGGAAAUACUCUAUGAAAAAUACUUGCUGGAUUCCAACCCAACCAGAAAAAUGCUUGACCACAUUGCACGCGAAGUGGGGCUGAAAAAAAGAGUCGUGCAAGUCUGGUUCCAGAAUACGCGAGCUCGAGAAAGGAAAGGCCAGUUCCGGGCGGUGGGUCCAGCGCAGUCCCAUAAACGGUGUCCUUUUUGCCGAGCCCUGUUCAAGGCAAAGUCGGCCUUAGAAAGCCACCUCCGCUCUAGGCACUGGAAUGAAGGCAAGCAGGCAGGUUACAGCUUGCCUCCGAGCCCUCUUGUAUCAACUGAAGACGGGGGAGAGAGCCCUCAGAAAUACAUUUAUUUUGACUAUCCGUCUUUGCCCUUAACUAAAAUGGAUCUAUCAAGUGAGAAUGAAUUGGCUUCUACGGUGUCGACACCUGUUAGUAAAACAGCAGAGCUGUCGCCCAAGAAUCUUUUAAGCCCGUCUUCUUUUAAAGCAGAAUGUUCUGAGGAUGUAGAGAACUUAAAUGCCCCUCCUGCUGAGGCGGGGUAUGAUCAAAAUAAAACGGAUUUCGAUGAGACUUCGUCCAUUAAUACAGCCAUCAGUGACGCCACCACAGGGGAUGAGGGCAAUGCUGAGAUGGAAAGCACCACGGCAGGUUCCGGAGACGUGAAGCCGGCCUUAUCUCCCAAGGAGCCCAAAACUCUCGACGCUUUGCCAAAACCCGCAACCACACCCACCACGGAGGUUUGCGAUGAAAAAUUUCUCUUCUCUCUCACCAGCCCCUCCAUACACUUCAAUGAUAAAGACGGCGACCACGACCAAAGCUUUUAUAUCACGGACGACCCCGAUGACAAUGCAGACCGCAGUGAAUCAUCCAGCAUCGCUGACCCGAGUUCACCAAAUCCCUUUGGAUCCAGCAAUCCUUUUAAAUCCAAAAGCAACGAUCGACCAGGUCACAAGCGUUUCAGAACCCAGAUGAGCAACCUUCAACUCAAGGUUCUCAAGGCUUGCUUCAGUGACUACCGAACUCCAACCAUGCAAGAAUGUGAAAUGCUAGGGAAUGAGAUCGGUCUGCCCAAACGCGUGGUCCAGGUGUGGUUCCAGAAUGCAAGGGCAAAGGAAAAGAAAUUUAAAAUUAACAUAGGGAAGCCUUUCAUGAUUAAUCAAAGUGGAACGGAAGGCACCAAACCAGAGUGUACCCUCUGCGGGGUGAAGUACUCUGCCCGCUUGUCCAUCAGAGAUCAUAUUUUCUCCAAACAGCACAUUUCAAAAGUGAGGGAGACCGUUGGGAGCCAGCUUGAUCGGGAGAAAGAUUACUUGGCUCCAACCACUGUUCGACAGCUGAUGGCACAGCAAGAACUUGACCGUAUAAAGAAAGCCUCAGACGUGCUGGGCUUAGCGGUACAGCAGCCAAGCAUGAUGGACAGCAGCUCCCUCCAUGGCAUCAGUCUGCCAGCAUCCUAUCCAGGCCUCCCAGGCCUCCCUCCAGUUCUGCUCCCUGGAAUGAACGGUCCAUCCUCCUUGCCCGGAUUUCCACAAAAUUCAAACACUUUAACACCUCCCGGUGCAGGCAUGCUUGGGUUUCCUACUUCAGCUACUUCGUCUCCUGCCCUGUCUCUCAGCAGUGCCCCCACCAAACCUUUGCUGCAGACUCCACCACCACCUCCACCACCUCCUCCUCCUCCUCCUCCUCCAUCCUCUCUGUCAGGACAGCAGACCGAGCUGCAGAACAAAGAAUCUGAGAAAAAGCAAAGUAAGCCAAACAAGGUCAAAAAAAUCAAAGAGGAGGAAUUAGAGGCCACCAAACCCGAAAAACACCCUAAAAAAGAGGAAAAAAUCUCAUCUGCUCUUUCAGUGCUGGGCAAAGUCGUAGGCGAAACGCACGUCGAUCCUACUCAGCUGCAGGCGUUACAGAACGCGAUUGCCGGCGACCCCGCGUCCUUUCUAGGCGGACAGUUCUUGCCAUACUUCAUCCCUGGGUUUGCUUCCUAUUUUACACCUCAGCUCCCCGGAACCGUGCAAGGAGGAUACCUCCCGCCCGUCUGCGGCAUGGAGAGCCUCUUCCCUUACGGCCCCACGAUGCCUCAGACCCUAGCGGGCCUGUCCCCGGGCGCGCUGCUGCAGCAGUACCAGCAGUACCAGCAGAGCCUGCAGGACUCCCUGCAGAAGCCGCACAAGCAGCCGCAGGACCAGCAGCAGAAAGCAGUGCAGGCCAAGACCGCCAAAGCGGAAGGCGACCCGCCGCCAAACCCCAGCGAGGCUUCGGAAACAAAGGAAGACAAAGGUACUGCUACAGAAAGCACAAAAGAAGAACCACAGUUAGAACCCAAAAGUGCAGACUUUUCAGACACUUACGUUGUUCCAUUCGUCAAGUAUGAGUUUAUAUGCAGAAAGUGCCAGAUGAUGUUUACUGAUGAAGAUGCCGCGGUAAAUCAUCAAAAGUCCUUCUGUUACUUCGGUCAGCCUUUGAUUGACCCACAAGAGACAGUGCUCCGUGUCCCGGUCAGCAAAUAUCAGUGUCUUGCCUGUGAUGUGGCUCUCGGUGGGAAUGAAGCACUUAGCCAACACCUCCAGUCAAGCUUGCACAAAGAGAAAACAAUCAAACAAGCAAUGAGAAAUGCCAAAGAGCAUGUUAGAUUAUUACCUCACUCAGUCUGCUCCCCUAAUCCUAACACCACAUCUACCUCGCAGUCUGCAGCUUCUUCUAACACCUACCCUCAUCUUUCCUGCUUCUCCAUGAAGUCCUGGCCUAAUAUCCUUUUCCAAGCGUCUGCCAGGAGAGCUGCUUCUUCCCCUACUUCUCCUCCUUCCCUUUCCUUGCCUUCAACGGUUACCUCAAGUUUGUGCGGCACCUCAGGGGUUCAAACCUCACUACCCACAGAAAGUUGUUCAGACGAGUCUGACAGUGAGCUGAGCCAGAAGCUAGAAGACUUAGAUAAUUCUUUGGAAGCGAAGGCUAAGCCUGCUUCUGGCCUAGAUGGUAAUUUCAAUAGCAUCCGAAUGGAUAUGUUCAGUGUGUAG